AUCUGCGUAUAAAGUAUAUACUAGCCAGUCUCUCGUCAGCAGAACGCAACAAGGAUCGGAGCAUCAGCAUCGCGACCUGUCUCUGCCGUGAACUUGCCUACCUGCUAAGUGCCAAGGCCAGCAACACAAGGCAGCGAGCGACGGACAUGGACGAGAAGCACGCACCAUCGCCGUCGCCGUCGCCGUCACCCGUCCAGAGGAGCCUCUCCGCCGUCACCUACUGCUGCGGCGCGUGCGGGUACGACCUGCGCCUGCGGUCGUCCGACCGCAACACGGCGGGGAUCGUGGGCGCCGGCGGCGCGGCGUACGGACGCGCGGCCCGGCGCGGGGUCGUGGCGUUCGACGCCAUCGACGACGCGCGGUUCGGGCACGCCGACGAGUUCCGCUGCGUCGACCUGCGCGCGCGUCGCCUCUUCGUGCGCCGCACCCGCCUGCUCUGCCGCAAGUGCGGCGCCGGCCUCGGCUUCGGCUACGACGACCGCGGUCAGGACGGCGCCAGGCCCCCGCGCUACGACAUCAAGAUCCGCGCGCUCCAGCCCCUGGCAGCAGACGACGACCACCACCACCACGGCGACGCGGCCGCACCGCCGACGUCGGAUGCAUGAUCCUUCCUUCUUCCGUUCCGUCCUCGGUGGGCGUGUGCUUGCUUCCCUGACACGUUAGCUGCUGGAUUUUUUUUUUCUCUGUCUGUCUGUCUGUCUGCAAGAAAGUCACUCGCUUGCAUCUCAAGAAAUGUACAAACUGAAGGGUGUCACUUUCUUC